GCUAAUUUUCUUUACGAAAAUCAGGAAUAUUAUUAUGUGCUUUUAUAGUAGACCUAUUGCAUAGACUGAUCCACAGUCUGUCGAAGACAUUUAUUUUUCCAUCUUUCUUUUUGAUGAUCUUUCUCGGACUGUUUUUUCUUCAGUUGCUUCUCUUUUUGAUCUUUAGAUUAAAGAAGUGAAAACUAAUGGCAUGCUUUCGUUUCAUGAUGUUCUGAAGCUUUCUGAAGUGACCCUUAAAACAACCAGACAGCCUAAGUUACACCAUGUGCAGCAUAAACGUUUUGAAAAUAUGAUUUAUAAAUCGGUUUUAUGCGCUUUGUGCUUAUGGCUUGCACGUGGUGUGUUUGGUGUUGGUGCAGAUGAAGUGAAGUCAGUCUCAGUGAUGGAGGGAGAUUCUGUCACUCUACACACUGAUCUCACUCACAUACAGACAGAUAUACAGAUACUCUGGACUUUUAAACUAAACACUCGUUUGGCCGAAAUCAUUAAAAGGGAACAGAUGAACACUUUGUCCGUUAGUAAGGAUGUGAUAUUCAGAGAUCAUCUACAGAUGAACAAUCAGACUGGAUCUCUCACCAUCACAGACAUCAAAACUGAACACACUGGACUUUAUCAACUACAGAUCAUCAGUGACAAGAUCUCAUUCACAAGUUUUACUGUUAUUGUCCAUGCUCGUCUUCCUGUUCCUGUCAUCAUCAGAAACUCUUCUCAAUGUUCCUCAUCAUCAGAAAGAUCUUCAGUGUCAAAAUGUGUGUUGUUGUGUUCAGUGAUGAAUGUGACACAUGUGAGUCUCUCCUGGUACAAAGGAAACAGUUUAUUGUCCAGCAUCAGUGUGUCUGAUCUCAACAUCAGACUCUCGCUACCUCUGGAGGUGGAAUAUCAGGAUACAAACACAUACAGAUGUGUGGUGUCCAAUCCGGUCAGCAACCAGACUCAACAUCUUUACAUCAAUGUUUUCUGUAGGUCAUGUUCAGCACACAUGCAGAAUCCACAUUUGGUGGGAAUCUCGUUUUUUCUGGUAAUGGUGGUUCUGGUGACUGCAGCUGUGGGAGUAAUGUGGUUUCUUUGCAGGAAAUCUAGACACAUGACAGAUGUGGUUCAGACUCCUGAUGAGGAAGAGAUUCAUUAUGCAGAUACAACUUGUAAUGCACGCCAUAAUGAGACUUCAAAAGCAGAUGACAACACCGUGUACUCAAAUGUUACUCAAGAGUCGACAUCAUCCUCGUAUCAUCUACUCAACUCAAGCACUAUGUAUGUUAAUGAUGAGGGAUUCAAAGACAAACUACAGAUGGACAGUCUGACCGGAUCUCUCACCAUCACAAACAUCAGCGUGAAAAACACUGGACCUUAA